AUGGUGAAUUGCAAUGAAUCAUCACCCAAAUACUUUUUGCUUCAAGGUCUAUCGGAUGACCCGCAGUUGCAACGGUUUAUAUUCUUCUCAUUUUUAGCAAUCUACCUUCUAACUCUGGUUGGAAACGCUGCCAUUCUCACAACAAUUAAGUUAAGUGUUAACCUAAGCACGCCCAUGUACUACUUUGUAAGUCAUCUGUCUUUUUUAGACAUGUGCUAUACCACCGUCACUAUCCCGAAUAUGCUGGAGAACCUGCUGUUGGGAAGCAGAGUUAUAUCAUAUAGUGCCUGUUUUGUUCAGCUUUUUCUCUUCAUUUCAUUUGGACAGUCAGAGAGCUUUCUUUUGGCUGUGAUGGCAUUUGACCGAUAUGCAGCCAUCUGCUUGCCUUUACGAUACAUGGACAUCAUAACCCACAGAAUUUGCCUGCAGUUGGUGGUCUCCACAUGGCUUGCAAGUCUUUUGAAUGCUACACUCCACACUAGUUUGGCAUCACGUCUGUCAUAUUGCUCAUCCCAUGAAAUUUCUCACUUUUUCUGUGAUAUCACUCCUUUGCUAAAGAUCUCUUGUGAAAGCACCCUUAUAAACGAGAUUGUCAUAUACGUGGCUGGAGUUUUUGUAGUACUCAUGCCCUUCCUAUGCAUUCUGCUCUCUUAUGUACACAUUAUCAUAGCAAUCCUGAUGAUCCCAUCAUCUACAGGAAGACAAAAGACUUUCUCUACCUGCAGUUCACACCUGGUUGUGGUUUGCAUGUUCUAUGGCACAAUUAUUCUGAUGUAUAUGCGACCUGCAUCUCAUUCUCAAGAACAUGACAAAGUAUUUGCAGUGAUAUAUACCUUCAUCACACCUUUGCUAAACCCAUUUAUUUAUGGUGUAAAAAAUAGGGAAAUAAAAGAGUCUUUCAAAAGAAUCUUUAGAAAAGAUAAUUGUAAUUUAGGCUCCAGGUGUAUCAGUUGCUGA